GCGUAACGGCGCGGCGACGGAGUUGGUUUCACCAGCAGCAUGGAGCCGCAGUCGGCACCAGGUGACGACCCGGCGGGGUUGCUGCCGAUUCCAGACUGGAUGAAAGCGAGAGCACGGGUCGUGAGUACACAAAACGUCACAUGGCAGAAACCAGCUGUGUACCAUAGCAGCGCCACCCAUCCAUUGCGGCAGUCGCUGUCGAGUGCGACGGUCAAACCGCCAGCGAAACUGACGCCGCUACCAUUAGACAACAACCAGCAGGACGAUUAUUCGCAUCACAACAACCAGUCCCAUCGACACCAUCCUCUCUAUCACGACCCUCAAUCGUUGCCAUCCAUUCAAAAGUCUGUGAGCUGUCCGCCGCUUCCGACAAUAGCCACCCGUCGCCCGGCGACACCGCCACCACCAAACGCGUUUGCACCCACACCGUCUGCUCUUCCGACGUUUGUUCAUGAACCUGCCUUGGACUCCAGCCGCACCAUGACACCCCCGCCGCGCAGUGCACGCACGCCACCUCCACCUGUUCGCUCCACCACCCCUUCAAGAAGUACCGACGCCUCAAGCCCAUGCAUUCCGCUACGACAGUCGACUGAAUCCAAUAAACCAUCCAACAAGUGGAAAGCUAGGGCCAUUGCGAAUCCAUUUGCCAAGCGCAAGCCAGCGACACAAGCGUCCAACAACGACCGACCCAUCUCGACCCCACCAGAGCUACAAAAUGACCAAACGUCUGUGAUCAAGCCCACUGCCGUCGUGAAAAAGUCAGCGUUUCGAAUGCAAGCUGCUGUCGCAUCACCAUCCCCUUCUACCUCCUCUGUACCCAGCGACAACACAACCAACCAAGACAGCGGAGGUGACGUAGCCAACGAAACCGCCGGCAUCAACUUGCCCAUAACGUCCUCGUCGUCGGCCACAGUGCACCGACAGCCGUACGGCAAAAUGCAGCACAGCCCAACCAAACAACUUCCUCAACAACCCCAGCAACUACCUCGGACCCCCCCACCUCGCCCCCAGCAACGCGACAGUCCGCCCAAAGGCCGAGCAGCUGCGUCGCCCCCUCCAUCCCCGACAUGGGACGGGGAAAUGGCCCCCAAGCCCAAGGCGAAACCCGUUCCCAAGGCAAAGACCAAAGGCGCGUCGUCCUGUGUUGGGGCGUUGGCAGAAAUCCAGCGAAAGCGCGAACAACGACGGGCCAUGCAAGUCCAAGAAAAGCAGCGAAAGGACGACGAGGUCAAGGAACAUGGCGACGACACGGGCCACAAGUUUCGCCGACUCAUCAAAGCCUUUCGCGACGGGAUGAAGAAGCCGUCGAAAUCAUCCCGCACUGACGAGCCUCGGUCGUCAAGUAAGCUGUCAGUGUUUGUACGCAAGCGUCCGCUGAGCAAAAAGGAACUGUCUCACAAGGGCUAUGACGUGAUAACGUGCCCCCGCCACACGCAAUUAUAUUGCCACGAGCCCAAGUUCAAAGUCGACAUGAGCGAAUCGCUAGUUAACCACUUGUUUUCUUUUGACGGAGUGUUUGACGACCACGUUGACAAUGGCACUGUGUACGAGCAGUCGGUGGGGCCGCUCAUUCCUCUGCUUGUCGACGACGGCAUCAUCACCGUGUUUGCGUAUGGCCAAACUGGCUCGGGCAAAACCUACACCAUGAAAUCCGUGUACCGGCAAGCCGCCAUAGAUCUGUUUGCGGUGCUGUCGAAGGCAACGGGCCCAACACUGCAUGUUGGUGUGAGUUUCUACGACAUUUACAAAAACAAUGUGUGCGAUCUGCUCAACGACCGCAAGAAAAUCCAAGCGCUCGAAGACAACGAAGGCGUGGUACAGCUCGUGGGGGUGUCGGAAGCCGCGAUUUCCACCGAUACGAUGCUCGCCGACUUGGUCGAAAAGGGCGAAGCGUCGCGGAUCACAAGCAUCAACGGCGUUCACGACGACUCGUCUCGAUCGCAUGCGAUACUGCGCGUGACUUUGUAUGCAGGGGCCACCGUCGUGAACCAGAUGAUCACGGGGGGCACGGCCAGGGGCCGGCUGUCCAUGGUCGACCUGGCGGGCAGCGAGCGCGCGUGUGAAACGCAAACCGACGAUAAGUCCACGCGAAUGGAAGGCGCCGAGAUCAACAAGAGCCUACUGGCGCUCAAGGAAUGCAUCCGAGCUAUGGACGUGGGGGCCAGGCACCUGCCGUUCCGCCAGAGCAAACUCACGCAGAUUCUGCGAGACAGUUUUAUGUGUGACACGUCGCGGACAGUCAUGAUUGCCACCGUCUCGCCGUGCUCUGAGCACUCCAACCACACCCUCAACACCCUUCGAUACGCCGACCGUCUCAAGGAAAUCAACAGCCGUGGCCACGACGAUGGGAUAACUAGCUAACUUUCGCACAUCACCAUUGGAAUACAUGUUGUGAUUUCGUGCGA